UCUCCCUCUCUCCUCUCCAUUGUGAUCAGCCGAACGAUGCGAUCGCUCGCAGCCAUCGCCGCCGCCCAUUAGACACCCCCAGCCCGACCACUUAAGCAAACCUUCCCCGGAGAGCUCGCUCAGCCCAGUCCACUCCAGCUCUGUGCCAACAGCAGCCCAGUCAGUUUUUGAUGCAUUAGAAGAGAAGAAGAACACGAAAGACGAAAAGAAGAAAGCAAGCAAGAAAAAGAAGGAACAGAGCGCGCGUGAGAGAGAGAAAGAGGAAAGGAUUGCUGGUUUUCAUAUCUUGUGUAUUUGGAGAGAGAGCUGAGGUUUUGCUAACCAUGGGAUGUACACUUAGUGCAGAGGAACGAGCUGCCAUGGAAAGGAGCAAGGCGAUCGAAAAAAAUCUCAAAGAAGACGGAGUCACUGCUGCAAAAGAUGUCAAACUGCUCCUGCUCGGGGCCGGCGAAUCCGGGAAAAGCACCAUCGUAAAGCAGAUGAAGAUUAUCCAUGAAGAUGGUUUCUCUGGAGAUGAUGUAAAGCAGUACAAACCUGUGGUCUACAGCAACACAAUCCAGUCCCUGGCAGCUAUCGUCCGUGCAGUGGAUACUCUGGGCAUUGAAUACAGUGACAAGGAGAGAAGAGCUGAUGCCAAGAUGGUGUGUGAUGUGGUGAGCCGGAUGGAGGACACGGAGCCCUACUCUCCUGAGCUCCUCUCAGCCAUGAUGAGACUGUGGGCAGACUCCGGCAUGCAGGAGUGCUUCAACCGAGCCCGUGAAUAUCAGCUCAACGACUCGGCCAAAUACUACCUAGACAGCUUAGAUCGAAUCGGGGCCGCAGACUACCAGCCAACAGAACAGGACAUCCUGAGGACCAGAGUCAAGACAACUGGAAUCGUAGAAACUCACUUUACAUUUAAAAAUCUCCACUUCAGGCUCUUUGAUGUGGGAGGCCAGCGAUCAGAAAGGAAGAAAUGGAUCCAUUGCUUUGAGGAUGUGACAGCGAUUAUCUUCUGCGUGGCGCUCAGUGGCUACGACCAGGUGCUGCAUGAAGACGAGACCACGAACCGCAUGCAUGAGUCUCUGAAGCUAUUUGACAGUAUCUGUAACAACAAAUGGUUUUCUGACACCUCCAUCAUCCUCUUUCUAAACAAAAAGGACAUAUUUGAGGAGAAAAUUCUGAAAUCCCCACUGACUAUCUGCUUUCCAGAGUACACAGGCCUGAACUCCUUUGCAGAGGCUGUGGCGUACAUCACUUUGCAGUACGAGAGCAAGAACAAGUCUCCCAGCAAGGAGAUCUACUCUCACAUCACCUGCGCCACCGAUACCAAUAACAUCCAGUUUGUCUUUGACGCCGUCACUGACGUCAUUAUCGCUAACAACCUGCGGGGCUGUGGAUUGUACUAGGGGCAGACAAAGACACCAAAAUAAAGAGUUCCUUCUCAUCAGGUUUACAUCCACAAGUGUGCAGCCGGUGGAACUGUCUCGCUGCGCUGAUCUUUACCCUUUAAAAUUCACAGCGGUUAGAACUUCUCCCUCGUAUCUAGGAACACUUUCUUCAUUUCUAUAGUAGCCAUAGCUACAGCUUCUUUAAAAUCCUUCCUAUUCACUGCACUAAGAAACCAAAAGCUUUUAAAACCGACUCAACAAACUUAGCUUAACUAGAGGUGCAGGUUUAAAAGAAAUGAGUUUACCAUUCGAAACUGGGAUUCUGUAAGUGGCGUCAGUGCUCUGUAGAGAUCAUGUGAUCGCGCAGGAUCUACAGUACAGUACCGGUCAUUUCUGUCAGCCGACAAACACCUGUCUGAAUAUAAUAAGUUGUUGAUUUAAAAAGUUGCAGAAAAAAAUAUGCUGUAUACUGAACAUUUUAUAAAAGGAGUUUUAAUUUAAAUUAAGUUAAUCUUAUAAUAUGUUUUUAUUUCUAACUUUGUGUCGUUGGGCAACCCAUCCAGGGCUAUAAUAUACAUUUAAUAUCAAACACCCUAACAGGGCCCCCAGAGGAUACCUGUCAAGCAGGUGUUUACAGCGUGCAAGACUGCCAAACGAAAGUGGCAUUGUUUGCGUUUGCUUAUUUUACAAGAUGUACGUUGUCAGUUAGGACGGAGUGACGCGUGCAUCUUCUAAUACAACGUGACGUGAACGCUCUUCAGUGUAUUUGUAAAUAAUGUGGCUUUGUGUCUUUGAUUUUCACUGUGUUAAUUGUAAAGUUGGGGUCAGUCACAUAGCUAAUUUAAUAGCUCACGCUUUGCUUUCUAAAUUGCCUUGCAUUUAGUUUACGCGGUGUUAAAAGCAGGGGAAGUGGGUGAGGCCAUUACUUGCAGCACUGAGUACGUUUACAGCCUCGGGUGUGCUAACACAUAGGUGCUGUUAUAGGCUCAGACUAUUAAGAGUCAGUUUCAAACGUCAGUGUUAAUAUUUUGACUACAAUAUUAGUUACAGCGCAUGUAACCUUCACUACAAUGAACUACCAAAUGCACAUCCUCCUCACUUGAUGGAUUCCAGUAGUGCAAUCUCCUGUAACAAUUCAAACUUGUGCGUUUGUACCAGAGCUGUGUUGAUACUGUGCAGUACACUCAAAGAGAGAGCAGAGAGACUGAUGCAUGUUAUUUGCCUUCUACUGUAGAAGUAUUACUGAACGUUUUAGUGACAUUCUGUGAGGGGUACGUGUUUGCUUUUUUGAAAGGCAAAUGUUCACUUGGCCGGCACACCCCACACCUGCCUGUCGAUAUAUGUGCCAAAAUAUCCAUUGAGUGCUGCUUGCUUGAGUCUAAAGUCACUGUGGCCUUGAAAUGUUUCUCAAAUCAGACACCUCCUUAUUAUCCCAUAACCUAGCGCUAUCACACAUGAUUCAAAUACAGUUACCUUGGCCUUAUACAUAUUCUGCAGACCUGCAAGGCUUUUAAUAUCAGACCAUGCAGGUCUUGUCUAUUUCACCCAAGCCAGCAGUGCUUCAGUGUGAUCAGAUGUGCCACUUGUCUGAUUGGCUCACUUAAACUGCUUUUUUUAUUGCGUUUCAGAUAUUCAGUCUUAAGUCUGCAAAGCUCUUGUACUUGAGAAGCCUUAGAAAAAACAUUCUAAACCUCACGGACCGCCAAUCAGUCAUUAACGAUAGAUGCCAACUUAAGCUGUUGAAGCUGUCACUGUAACGCCAGCUUAGUUUUGAGCAUUUACAAAAAAAGAAUUUUUUGAGAACUGCUCAUCCCAUUUAUAAUAAUAAAACUUGGUAUGGAAAUUUAUUUCAGCACAAAUUCUUGCUAGGAAAUCUUCAGGACUUCUGCCUAAAUCUAAUGACAUUUUGUUAUGAGAAAAGACUCCAUUUACUGUGAAUGUAGGAGUGAUGAUGUUCAGCUGGUCUGGUGAAUCUUGGUUGCUCACUCAGAUUCCAUGAAAUGUUAACAUUUUGUUAUUGUAAUUUACUCCUCUGUAAGUCAUCCAAAAAUAAUGAAAAUAUAUAUGAGUUGCGUUUUAUCAUAAAUAAUAUUGAAAAAAAAAAAAAUAUAUAUAUAUAUAUAUGUAUUAAAAAUACAUAACAGUAUUUCCCAUGGGAGUGCAGUAUAUAUUAUUUUCCAAACCAUAAAAAUUAGUAAAAAAUAAAUAAAUAAAUAACCCAGAAGAACACUGCUCCACAAUAAACUUGAAAUAUUAAACAUUGAGCUGUACAGUACUGUGCAAGUCAUUUCAUUGACAGUUCAUUUCGAAUGCAGUGGAGGUAUUUUCAAUGCUCCAUUAAACCUACAAUGUACAUGACUCCAGUAUUGCAUGAUUUAGCAGUGUGAAGAGGAAAGCAUAUGCAGUCAUUAAUGUUGAGUUUAAUGGUAAUUCAUUUGUAAGCCCUUCGGUUUUGAAUUACAUUCCCAUCUAAUACUGUCCCCUACCAGCCCUGCUUAGAAGCACAGCUCAUUGUGCAGGGACUCCUCUCUGGGUUUGUGAUGUAGCAGAGACCUAUAUUUAUACACACACACACACACACACACACACACACACACACACAUAUAUAUAUAUACAGUAUAUAUAUUCAUUUUAGAUCUGUGAUUAUGAAUGAACAGCUGUGGCCAAAUAUACAUUCACACUUGCUCCAAAGUGCAACAUGGUCUUGGCCCCAAGCCCAAAUUGGACCUUUUCCCCCUUCAUUGUAUGAGAGCCCUGUCAGCUUUGCAUGCAGUUAAAGGAGUACUUUAUACCCGUCAGCAUUUUUUCGCUCUGCAAGCCCGCCGUGCAGCCAUAUUCAGAACUUACAGUGUCGGAGGACCAUGCAGUUCUGAAUUGUGUACAGGCUGGCCUGCAGGUGCCCGGGCAGCCACAAAUUGCUGGUGUGCGGUGAGCCAAGGACUCCCCAGCCGACCUAACCCCUACCCUGCCCGGGCAGCGCCAGGGAACUCACGUCCACGGUGGAUUCGAACCGGCGAUCUCCUAUGAUCGCUAUGGGGUGCAUCCUGCACUCUGGACAGAGUGCCUUUAACGGAUGCACCACAAGUUAACUUUUAUAAAAAAAGAAAUUUAAAAAGUUGCAGUUAAUGACAAGAGCUUUUAUUUUUUGAAGGGGGAGGUCUUAUUUUGUUUUUGAAACGGCCUGCAUUUGCCUACAUUAUGCAACUUAACGUCUUUGGCUAAGCAUGGAUGGGAGUGCAUUCAGGUUAAAUCACACACGCACAGACACUGUGCUGAAUAUAUAUAUAUAUAUAUAUAUAUAUGAAAGCCCUGGUAUCCUCAUCAAGUCCCUUCAGCACUACCCUCCGAACAGCCCGUUCGCCCAGCUCUGUAGAUCACCUGUUCUUGCUUGCUCACACCUUGCACUUCUAAUUUCUUGCACGCUGGAUGAAAGCUGCAUUUUAAUGUCAUUCUGUAUUCAAGUGGUUGUCAGUUUGUUAAUAAAUCCUUAGUUGCUGUAAUUAUUUAUUGACUGGUGGUUAAUGUAUUUAUUAGUAAGAUGUUAAUAAAGUGGCAGCUCUU